CUCAUUGUGGGAUUUGUUGGGUUUUUCCUGUAAUAUUGUAAUAUUGACCUCACUAUGUAAAGUGCCUUGAGACAGUGUAUGUUGUGAUAUGGCGCUACAAAUAAAAUUCAAUUUCUCCUUUCCUCAUCAUGUCUCCUGCCAGCGACGCCUCGAUGACGGAAUGUCUGACUGCUUCGUUCACUUCUUUCCAGAGGAGGGGGCCCCGGGGCCCUGACGAAACCCAGAGCCACUGGCGAGAGAGUAUGAGGAGGACGUUUGAGGAGCCCACUUCCUCACUGGUGGCGCAGAUCCUGGCGUCAGUGUCAGUACUGUUUGUGGUCGUAUCCAUGGUGAUGUUGUGUGCCAGCACCUUACCGGACUGGAUGGCUGCUGAGACCCUGGACCAGCACAAGAUCAUUGAAGCGGUCUUUAUUGGAGGGGUGCGUUUUGCUUCUCACUCACAUUCGCACCUGGAGGCUGCGACGAGUCGACGCUGCUCAGUUGGGUUGUGAUUUGAUGGCGGACCCCUCGGCCCCCCCCACUGUGGACUGACUUGCAGCUCGGCAUUAUGGGUGUAAAAGCAGGAGUUGUGGCCACAUCGUGUUGUGGAUUUAAACUCUGAGACUGACGGAUUCUCGUGCUGGACUGUUUUCUUUUUGAUCCGUGACGGGCGGUGACCGUUGACUUCAGAGCGCGUUGGUCUCACGGAGACGUUAAGAUGCCGUUCAUGCCGGUGAAGUUCAACCUGCAGAAGCGGGUGAAGCUGGCUCAGGGGCUGUGGAUGCUCUACUGGCUCUCGGUCAUCGUGGGAAUUGUCAUCUUCAGCCUCGGCAUCUUCUUCAAGAUCGAGCUGCGGAAGAGAAGCGAGCUGAUGGACAACAACGAGAGCCACUUAGUGCCCAACCUGCUGAUCCUGGUGGGUGCAUUGGCCUGCGCCAUCAACGCCUUUGGGGGGAAGGUGUGCCACGACUCUCUAGACCCCAUGAAGUUCACCAAGUGGAAGCCGAUGCUGAAGCCGUACCUGCUGACGUGCUGCAGCUUCAACGUGCUGCUGCUGCUGACGGCGCUGCUCUGCUUCCUCAUGCAGUUCGCCGUGUACCUGACGCUGGCCGAGGGCCUGAAGAACGGCAUCAAAUUCUACAAAGACACAGACACGCCGGGACGCUGCUUUAUGAAGAGAACGCUGGACAUGACGCAGAUCGAGUUUCGUUGCUGCGGUAACAACAACUACAGGGACUGGUUCGAGGUUCAGUGGAUCAGCAAUCGCUACCUGGACAUGAGCAACGACGAGGUCAAAGAUCGUGUCUUCAGUAACGUGGAGGGGAAGUUCCUGAUGGACAGCGUCCCAUUCAGCUGCUGUAACCCCGGGUCCCCUCGGCCCUGCAUCCAGCAUCACCUGACCAAUAAUUCCGCCCACUACGACUACGACCACCGCACUGAGGAGCUCAACAUCUGGACCCACGGCUGCCGCGAGGCGCUCUUCUCGUACUACAGCAGCAUGAUGAACAGCAUGGGAGCGCUCAUCAUCAUCACCAUCCUCCUGGAGUCGGCGGACAUGGCGGGGUUGAAGUACCUGAUUACGGCCCUGGAGAUGUUGGCAGACCCAGAGAACCCGGACAGUGAGAGUGAGGGCUGGCUGCUGGAGAAAGGUGUGAAGGAGACUUUCAUCGAGCUGCUCAACAAACUGAAGACACUGGGGAAGACCAAUCAGGUGGAGGAGGGUGAGGAGGAGGCCACCUGAGAGCCCCGCCCCCAAACAGGACUGAGGUCUCCCCUUCUGCCCCAUCCCCCUCUCAAUCGCCACCUCUCCCCCAGAAAACAGGGAGUGAGAGAGGAGAGGUCUUCUCCGUGUUCUGUACAUAAGCCAUCAUACAUGUAUUUAACAUGUUAAAACACACACACACACACACACACACACAUACACACACUGUCAAAGUGAACAAGUCAUGUAAAGUAACUGUGAAUGUGGAUAUUUCUGUAAAUAUGUUUGAACAGAAACCUGCUCCUGUAAAUAAAACAUCUGGGUUUCACUAUAUUUAAAUCAUAAACAAAGAUUCAGUUCUCUGCCUCCUGUCACAUGACCGUCACAUGACCGUCACACACCAUCAGACCGAUCGGCUGAUUUCAGCUCAUCACACAAAUAUCCAACAUUUUUGUGAUGGUUGAGAAACUACUGGAGUUACACAGUUUUUCCAGCAGAGAGUGCAAAAACAAACUAAAUCAUUUUAAUUUGAGAGAUUCUUAUGAGAUUCCUUUUUAAAUGAAAACAGUGAAUGUUUCAUUCUCAGCUGUUUUUACGUUUUGUUUUUGAGUAUCAGUUGCUCUGGUCUGAUGACCGAUCAGCAGCAGUACCUCUCCUGACCAGCAGGAGCUACAUACACGACUACGUACAGACAUUUAUGCAGCUUCUUGAAUUUCACUUGCACAUUGAAUUUUUCAGUUAUUGUUGUAACAUAAAUUCUUUGAAAAAUGUAGUUCUUUAGGAUUUGUUGAUAACCUACACUUUGUGAAAGAUCAGCUAAGAUCUGUAAACAGCUAACAUCUGUUUAAAGUUAGCUUCUGUUAACAAUUACAGCUAACAUCUUUAAAUGGUUACAGCUAACAUCUGUAAACAGCUAACAUCUGUAAACAGCUAACAUCUGUAAACAGCUUACACGUGUAAACAGCUAACAUCUGUAAACAACUUACACGUGUAAACAGCUAUCAUCUGUGAAUGGUUACAGCUAACAUCCGUAAACAGCUUACACGUGUAAACAGCUAACAUCUGUGAACAGCUAACAUCUGUGAACAGCUAACAUCUGUAAACAACUAACAUCUGUAAAUAACUAACAUCUGUAAACAGCUUACAUCUCUAAACAACUAACAUCUGUAAACAGCUUACAUGUGUAAACAGCUAACAUCUGUAAACAACUACCAUCUGUAAACAACUUACACGUGUAAACAGCUAUCAUCUGUGAAUGGUUACAGCUAACAUCCGUAAACAGCUUACACGUGUAAACAGCUAACAUCUGUAAACAACUUACACGUGUAAACAGCUAUCAUCUGUGAAUGGUUACAGCUAACAUCUGUAAACAGCUUACACGUGUAAACAGCUAACAUCUGUAAACAGCUUACAUGUGUAAACAACUAACAUCUGUAAACAACUACCAUCUGUAAACAACUUACACGUGUAAACAGCUAUCAUCUGUGAAUGGUUACAGCUAACAUCCGUAAACAGCUUACACGUGUAAACAGCUAACAUCUGUAAACAACUUACACGUGUAAACAGCUAUCAUCUGUGAAUGGUUACAGCUAACAUCUGUAAACAGCUUACACGUGUAAACAGCUAUCAUCUGUGAAUGGUUACAGCUAACAUCCGUAAACAGCUUACACGUGUAAACAGCUAACAUCUGUAAACAACUUACACGUGUAAACAGCUAUCAUCUGUGAAUGGUUACAGCUAACAUCUGUAAACAGCUUACACGUGUAAACAGCUAUCAUCUGUGAAUGGUUACAGCUAACAUCCGUAAACAGCUUACACGUGUAAACAGCUAACAUCUGUGAACAGCUAACAUCUGUAAACAACUAACAUCUGUAAAUAACUAACAUCUGUAAACAGCUUACAUCUCUAAACAACUAACAUCUGUAAACAGCUUACAUGUGUAAACAACUAACAUCUGUAAACAACUACCAUCUGUGAACAGCUUACACGUGUAAACAGCUAACAUCAGUUCAGUGUAAAAUUUCACUCAGCCUCCGUCUGAUUCUUUGUCAGACCAAAACAGGGACAUUUUUCUAUUCUAAAGUUGAGGCCAAACUAACCGGCGCUGUGACGAGUUGGAGGUCGGAGGUCAGAUGUCGGACGAACCGUGUGGAUCUGGUCUGUGGUCAGUUUCAGAGCUGAAGUCAGAUCAGCUGUAGAGAAUAAAGAGUCAGUUUAAACACGUAACAUUUGUAUGUUUCUCUGUUUUUGUGAAGUUUUCAGCCAGUUGUUGUUGGUUGGCACUCGUAGUCACUCCGAUGUGUACGAUAAAAUCUAUAAAGAGAUUGUGACCGA